GUGGUGGGUCUUGCCCGUUCGGUAGUCAGCACCGCUCGGGUCGGGGCCGCCGCCGGCGGGAACCUCCGGGCGGCGAGGGCUGAAAGACGGCUCCGGGGGUGGAGCGGUGCUCAGGUCAGCGCUGCGGACGGCGACGAGCGGGCGGCGCCGCGCUGAGGGGCGGGUUCGCUGCUCGGACCCGGGGCGGAGCAGUCCGCUUGCCUUACCGCCGCUGCCGCGUCCCGCUGCCGCCGUCAUGCGCAGCCGAAGUAACUCGGGCGUGCGGCUGGACGGCUACGCGCGUUUGGUGCAGCAGACCAUCCUCCAGCAUCAGGACGCGGUGACAGGUCUGCUCCCCGCCGGCGCCGACCACCCGGAUGCCUGGGUCCGGGACAACGUCUACAGCAUCCUGGCUGUGUGGGGGCUGGGUCUGGCCUACCGCAAGAAUGCUGACCGCGACGAGGACAAGGCCAAGGCUUACGAGCUGGAGCAGAGCGUGGUGAAGUUGAUGCGGGGCUUGCUCCAGAGCAUGAUGAGACAGGUGGACAAGGUGGAGGCAUUCAAGUACAGCCAGAGCACCAGGGACUGCUUGCAUGCCAAGUACAACACCCGCACCUGUGCCACUGUGGUGGGGGAUGAUGAGUGGGGUCACCUGCAGUUGGAUGCCACUCCCUCUACCCUCCUGAUGUUGGCACAAAUGACAGCCUCAGGCCUCCACAUAAUUCACAGCCUGGAUGAAGUCAACUUUAUCCAGAACCUCGUGUUUUACAUUGAAGCAGCCUACAAAACUGCAGACUUUGGAAUAUGGGAGCGUGGGGACAAGACAAACCAGGGCAUCACUGAAUUGAAUGCCAGCUCUGUCGGCAUGGCCAAGGCUGCCCUGGAGGCACUGGAUGAGCUGGAUCUCUUUGGAGCAAAGGGAGGCCCACAGUCGGUGAUACAGGUGCUGUCAGAUGAGGUCCAACACUGCCAGUCCAUCCUCCAUUCAAUGUUGCCCAGGGCCUCCACAUCCAAGGAGGUAGAUGCCAGUGUGCUCUCUGUCAUCUCCUACCCAGCAUUCGCUGUGGAGGACAGCGAGCUGGUGGAAAUCACCAAGCAAGAGAUCAUCACAAAGCUACAGGGGCGCUACGGCUGCUGCCGCUUCCUCCGGGAUGGAUACAGGACUCCCAAAGAGGACCCCAACCGCCUCUACUAUGAGCCUGCUGAGCUCAAGCUGUUUGAGAACAUCGAGUGUGAGUGGCCUCUCUUCUGGGCGUACUUGAUCAUUGAUGGGAUUUUCAGCGGAAAUGUGGAGCAGGUGCAGGAGUACCGGGAAGCCCUCGAGGGGAUUCUAAUCAAGGGGAAGAAUGGGGUGCGCCUGAUGCCAGAGCUGUACAGUGUCCCACCAGAUAAGGUGGAUGAGGAGUACAGGAACCCCCACACUGUGGAUAGAAUACCCAUGGGCAAGCUGCCACUCAUGUGGGGGCAGUCCCUCUACAUCCUGGGCUGCCUGAUGGCUGAGGGUUUUCUAGCUCCUGGUGAAAUAGAUCCACUCAACCGCCGGUUUGCGACCGUCCCCAAGCCUGACGUAGUGGUCCAAGUGUGCAUCCUGGCAGAGACCGAGGCAAUCAAGGCUAUCCUGAUGAAGGAGGGCAUUGACGUGGAGACCGUGGCAGAUGUCUACCCAAUCAGAGUGCAGCCAGCUCGCAUCCUCAGCCACAUCUAUGCCCGGCUGGGCCGCAACAAGCAGAUGUGCCUGACAGGACGGCCCUGGCACAUGGGCGUCAUUGGGACCUCCAAGCUCUAUGACAUUAGGAGAACCUUUACCUUUACCCCACAGUUCAUAGACCAGCAGCAGUUCUACCUGGCUCUAGACAACAAGAUGAUCGUAGAAAUGCUGAGGACAGACCUCUCGUACCUGUGCAGCCGCUGGAGGAUGACUGGGGAGCCAACCAUCACCUUCCCCAUCUCCCACACCAUGCUCGAUGAAAGUGGCAGCAGUGUGCACCCCACGGUGCUGUCGACGCUGCGGAAGCUGCAGGAUGGCUAUUUUGGUGGUGCAAGGAUCCAGACGGGUAAGUUGUCGGAGAUCCUGACAACGUCAUGCCGAACACACCUCAGCUUUAUGGACCCUGGGCCAGAGGGUAAGGUCUUUGCCGAGAGUUACGAGCUCAGCAUUGACAGCUUUCAGGAGCUAGACGCCGAGGAGUGGCUGCAUGGCUUGCAGAUAGCAGAGGAUGACACCUACGACGAGGUUGCGCAGUACUUGGACCACCUGCUGCAGCGCACAGUUCCCCACUCAGUCCUCCCUCCCACUGCCCAGACGGGAGGGCUGGGACGCUUCCGGGCUGCCGUCCACACCACCCGAGACCUCAUGUCCCUGGCGUCCAAGGCUAAGGACCUUCAUGUCCAGAAUGUUGGGAUGUAUGUCCCCAGCAAGAUCUUCCAGGCAUCCCAGCAGUCGGUCAAGUUGCUGAGUUCACCCCACCAGCAUGACACAGAUGGCAAGAGCCACAUACCCUAUGCGGAGAUGAACCUGCCCCGUGAUGAGCAUGGCAAUGUGGACUGCAAGACACUGGUGGACCAGCUGCGCGUCUGCCCCACACUGCAGGAGCAAGCAGACAUCCUCUACAUGCUCCACAUCCUCAAGGGGCCCGAGUGGCACACAGGGCUUGACAGUGAGCCUGGCCCCACCGUCAAGGAGCUCCUCACUGAGCUGUAUGUGCGGGUAGGAGACACGCGCCAGUGGGCCCUGAUCCGCUACAUCUCUGGCAUUCUCAAGAAGAAGGUAGAAGCUCUGGAUGAGGCCUGCACUGACCUCCUGUCUCACCAGAAGCACUUGACAGUGGGGCUGCCCCCAGAGCCACGUGAGAAGACUAUCACCACCCCAAUCCCCUAUGAGGAACUUGUUCGCCUGAUUGAUGAAGCCAGCGAGAAGAACCUCAGUGUGUCCAUCCUCACCCAGGAGAUCAUGGUGUACUUGGCCAUGUACAUGCGCACACAGCCUGCGCUCUUUGCUGAGAUGUUCCGCAUCCGCAUCGGGCUCAUCAUCCAGGUGAUGGCAACGGAGCUGGCACACUCCCUGCGCUGCUCGGCUAGAGAAGCCACUGAGAACCUGAUGAAUCUCAGCCCAUCAGACAUGAAGAAUCUUCUCUACCACAUCCUCUCUGGCAAAGAGUUUGGGGUGGAAAAGAGUGUGCGAUCGGUCGACUCGUCUCUCACCACCGCUGUCUCCAUCCAUGAGGUGGAGGCUGCUGGGGCCACCAAGCCUGAGCGUACUGGCCUCGUCAGGCUGAAAAGUGAGAUCAAACAGCAAUUGGAUAAACGUAGGCAGUCUCUGAAUCCCCUCAGUUUUCAGUCUUCAGAUGGUGACCUGAAAUCUCUGUCUGCUGGACACUCAGAGCUGCUGGGCAAGGGUUCCCUUCCAAGCAUGCUGGGAGACCAGCGCAGUAAGGACAGCCGCCAGGGCCAGUGGCAGCGGAGACGACGCCUGGAUGGGGCCCUCAACCGUGUCCCUGUAGGCUUCUAUCAGAAGGUCUGGAAGGUCCUGCAGAAGUGCCAUGGCCUUUCCGUGGAGGGCUUUGUUCUCCCCUCUUCAACAACCAGAGAGAUGACCCCAGGAGAAAUGAAGUUUGCUGUGCAUGUGGAGUCGGUCCUCAACCGUGUGCCACAGCCAGAGUACAGGCAGCUGCUGGUGGAGGCUAUCUUAGUGCUCACCAUGCUGGUGGAUGUGGAGGUGCACACCAUUGGCAGCAUCAUAGCUGUGGAAAAGAUCCUGCACAUGGCCAAUGACCUCUUCUAUGAGGAGCAGAAAGCCCUGGGUGCUGAUGACCACAUGCUGGAGAGGGAUCCGUCGACGGGCAUCUGCUGCCUGCUGUACGACAGCGCGCCGAGCGGUCGGUUUGGCACCCUGACCUACCUGUCCAAGUCGGUGGCCAUGUACGUCUACGACUUCCUGCCCACCGACAGCUGCUCCAUGCAGUAGCUCUUGUGGCUCCCCUCCCCAGGCUGUGCACAUCCCGUGGGUGGGUUGUUUCAUGCAGCUUUUAAAAGAUGGGCAUUAAGCUAGUUUGCAAGCAGCCUGUGUGGCCCUCUCCCCUCCCAGCCCUGGCCUUUUGGUGGGUGAGUGGCUCUCCUGAGGAGUUCUGCAGGAGGCCCAUGUGUUGAGCUGACCUAGGUCAGUAUGUGGCCUGUGGAGCAAGGGCUGGCAAGGAAAGGCUGGGCUUGUUUUGAAAGUGUCUGCCUAUGUGACUCCUCCUGGGCCAUCACCCCCACAGGAGCCUGUGUUUGAGGGAGGUAGGUGGAGAGAGACCCCUUUAGCAGGUGUGUGUGAUCAGCAGUGUAGUGCUCCCUGGCUGGCUCAGCUCUCCCUGCCUCCAGCAGAUCUGAAGUUUUAACCUGUUGUGUUCUGCUUUUUGUUACAAAUCUGCAGGGUUUAUAUUAUUGUACCCUGGAGCUCUUGCUCUUCCUGCUGCUGAUGGAAAAGUUUUGUUAGAACAGGGAAUGCUGCCUGAGCUUCCCUCCUGACACACCUAAAAUCAAAACCUAGACACAGAUUAUAAGUAGGCAGCCCAUAGUGCCUCCCUCAGGAGUCCUGUGUCCUAAGCUGGGGAGGCUAUUGGAGCCAGCAGCAUCCCAAGGUGUUACCACCAAGCUAUGAGGACAAUGCUGCUGCCUGGCUGGGAGGUGCCAGUGGCAGCCCCUCCAUGCCAUCUGCCAAGUCCAUGUGUGGCCUGUGAAGCAGCUCUGAGCUGGCUACUUGGCUCAGCAUUAGCUGUGUCAUCACCAGUGUGCCCUUAAUGCUCAACUCUGGCCUCUGCUCCAGCUCCCACAGCCUUGCACAGGAGAUGGGUGGUGCUGUAGUGUGGACCUCAGCUCUGCUCUGUGCUGUAGGUCAGACACCAUGUAAGAUAGUGUGGUUGAAUUGAUAGGAAUCAGGUAUGCACACCACAAAGCACUUGAAGGGGUGGGCUUAGGGAAUCAUGGGAUGUUUUGGGUUGGAAGGGACCCUCAAAGGUCAUCUAGUCCAACCUUGCUGACAGCAGGGACAUGAAAUCAUAGAAUCGUAGAAUGGUUUAGGUUGGAAGGGACCUCAAGGAUCAUCCAUUUCCAACCCCAUGCCAUAGGCAGGGACACCUCCCACUAGAAGAGGUUGCUCAAGGCCUCAUCUAACCUGGUAUUGAACACCUCCAGGGAGGGAGCAUUCACAACCAUCCCUGGGCAACCCGUGCCAGUGUCUCACCACCCUCACUGUAAAGAACUUCCUAACAUCUAGUUUAAAUCUCCCCAAUUCAGGUUUAAACCCAUUACCUCUUGUCUGGUCAUUACAAGACCUUGUAAAUAGUCCCUCCCCAGCCUUGCUUUAGGUCUCCUCGAAGCUUUCUCUUCUCCAGGCUGAAGAGCCCCAACUCUUGUAACCUGUCCUCAUAGAAGAGGUGCUCCAGCCCUCUGAGCAUCUUCAUGGCCCUGCAUCUGUAACUAGAACAAGUUAUUCAGACUCCCAAACAAAUUGACCUGGAAUGGUUCUGGGGAUGAGGCUUCUACCUCUCUGCCAACCUGGGCGAGUGCUUCACACCCUCAGUGUCAAACAUUUCUUCUUUCUGUCUAGUCUAAAUCUUCCCUUUUUAGUUUAAACUGUCAUUCCUUGUCCUGUUACAACAGGCCCUGCUAAAACAACUGUUCCUAUCUUUCUUAUAAGCCACCUUUGAGUAUUGACAAGCCAGAAUAAGGUCUUCCCAGAACCUUUGCUUCUUGAAGUUGAUCCCCAAGUCUCUCAGCCUUUCUUCCUAGCAGAGGGCUGCCAGCCCUCAGACCAUUUUUGUGCCAAGGACUCCAGAUUUGGAUGCAUUGCUCCAGAGCAGUCUUACUAGAGUGGAGCAGAGGGGCAGAAUCUCCUCCUUCCACCUGCUGCCCGUGCUGCUGGUGAUGCAACCCAGGAUACAGUUGGCUUUCUGUGCUGCACGUGUGCAUGGCUACAGAGUGUCUGGAUUUUCAUUCACCAGCACCUCCAGUUCCUUCUCCACAGGGCUGUUCUCCAUCCUUUUGUCCCCGGUCUGGAUAGGUACUGGGAGCUGCCCUAACCCAGUGCAGGACCUUGCACUUGGCCUUGUUGAACCUCACAAGGUUCAUACAGGCCCAUUUCUCAAGCUUGUCCAAGUCCCUCUAGAUGGCAUCCCAUCCCUCAUGUGUCUCCACACCACUCAGCUUGGUGUCGUCUGCAAACAUGCUGAGGGUACCUGGUCUCACUUUAUCACUGAUGCAGAUAUUAAACAGUACUGGUCAUAACAUAGGCCCUUGAGGGAUGCCAUUUGCCACUGGAUUUUUUUAUUUUUCAUGCCUGUUUCUGUCUUGAGACAGGUGGAGCCAAGCUCUUCCAUCUCUGUGUCUGACUCCCUGAUGCUCAUUUAUCUUUCCACUUCUUCCUGUAGCUAUGCCAGUAGGCUGAGCAGAUUGUCCACUAUGAAUAUGUUCUCACUACUGCCAGCUGUUUGCAGUGAAAGCCUCUGGCACAGCCUGCAGCCUGAGACCUAGGUGCCUGCAUUAUGUUCAUGGGAGCUCGCUCUGAGUUGCCACAUGCAUUCUGAUGAGUGCAGAGGAUAUGGCUUUCUGCUGGGUGGAAACUAGAGCUAAUCUCUCUCCAUUAGGGUGAUGACCACAAACUGAACUGCCUCUUGAGCUGGCCUGGUGCAGGCAAUGUUCCACUCAGGCUGCUGCUGCUCCUUUGCCUGCACAGGAGCUGCGCUCCAGCUGCCACUGCUUUCAUGGGUUUGAACGUGGCAGCAAUGCUGCACCAAGGGCUGCAUCUCUGCUGUGGGACAGCCUGUGCUGGGGCAGCUCCUUUUAGCACCGUUUGCCUGUGUCUCUUCUCUCCAGUGCUGUUUGGCCUUGACAGUAGCUAAGAGGUGUCAGCAGCUGCUCUGUAAUAGCCACAUAAAGAUAGUUCCACACCUGGCUCCAGACAGAGGAGGCUUUGACAGACUGAGCCCCAGCCUGACUUCUGUGUCCCAAGAGAGGGGGAGGCUGCAUUUGGGCUGCGCUGAGCACAGGGAGCCAUGGUAGCAAGCACUGGGCACCUUUCGGGUCUCCUUUGGGCAGCGGGGCGCAGCGCUGCACCUUUCAGGCGAGAGGCUCCCCGGUGGGUGCAUGCCGGCCGCGAGCCUCGUUAAUGGUAGUCGUUAGUUUGUAAGGAGCAAGCGCCACGCGGUGCUGCGUGGGGUGGGUCUCAAUAAAACCUCGCUGACA